UGCCGGCCAAGUUGGACGCCCCGACCCGAUCGAGGGCCAGGUCAGCGCAGGCCCGGCAAGGCGAAGUCCAGCAACCCCCGUGCGGCCAUGGCCUCUCUGCUGGGAGCCUACCCGUGGCCCGAGGGGCUCGAGUGUCCCGCCCUGGAAGCUGAGCUGUCUGAUGGUCUGUCGCCGCCAGCAGCCCCCCGCCCCCCGGGGGACAAGGGCUCGGAAAGCCGUAUCCGGCGGCCCAUGAACGCCUUCAUGGUGUGGGCCAAGGACGAAAGGAAACGGCUGGCGGUGCAGAACCCGGACCUGCACAACGCCGAGCUCAGCAAGAUGCUGGGAAAGUCGUGGAAGGCCCUGACGCUGUCGCAGAAGAGGCCCUACGUGGACGAGGCGGAGCGGCUGCGGCUGCAGCACAUGCAGGACUACCCCAACUACAAGUACCGGCCCCGCAGGAAGAAGCAGGCCAAGCGCCUCUGCAAGCGCGUGGACCCCGGCUUCCUCCUGAGCUCGCUCUCGCGAGACCAGAACGCGCUGCCSGAGAAGAGCGGCGGCCGCGGGGCGCUGGGGGAGAAGGAGGGCAGGGGUGAGUACUCCCCGGGCGCUGCCCUGCCCGGCCUCCGGGGCUGCUACCACGAGGGCCCAGCUGGUGGCGGCGCCGCUGGCAGCGUGGACACGUAUCCGUAUGGGCUGCCCACGCCCCCGGAGAUGUCUCCCCUGGACGUGCUGGAGCCGGAGCAGACCUUCUUCUCCUCCCCCUGCCAGGAGGAGCACGCCCACCCCCACCACCUGCCCCACCUGCCGGGGCCCCCUUACUCCCCGGAGUUGGCCCCCAGCCCCCUCCACUGCAGCCACCCCCUGGGAUCUCUGACCCUUGGCCAGACCCCGGGGGUCUCUAUGAUGUCCACUGUAUCUGGCUGCCCGCCAUCUCCUGCCUAUUACUCUCCUGCCACCUACCACCCUCUCCACUCCAACCUCCAGGCCCACCUGGGCCAGCUCUCCCCACCUCCMGAGCCCCCUGGCUUCGAUGCUCUGGAUCAACUGAGCCAGGUGGAACUUCUAGGGGACAUGGAUCGCAAUGAGUUCGACCAGUAUUUGAACACUCCUGGUCACCCAGACUCUGCUGCUGGGSCUGGCGCCCUCAGUGGCCAUGGCCCACUCUCCCAGGUGACCCCAUCGGGCCCCACAGAGACCAGCCUCAUCUCCGUCCUGGCUGAUGCGACUGCCACUUACUACAACAGCUACAGUGUGUCCUAGAGUCAGAGGCAAGGAGUCUGGGCCAGCCCUGGCCACCCUGUCCUUCCUGUGCGCUGAGUGGAGCAGAGACUACGCAGUGCCGCUGGCUUUCCUCCUGGACCUUCGGCUGCCAGGAGGCAGGCUCUGCUGGUCCAGUGCCUCUUCUGUUCCUUCAAAUGAGCGUCCUUGGCUACAUCCCAGGAGCAUGGCCUCCAGUUGCCAAGACUGUCUCCCAGUAGGAUUUUCCCUGCCCUCUCUUCCUGUCCCCACCUUUACAACCAGUGAUGGGAAUUCAGGCGGCACCAGACCCUCUUCUGUUUUGACACAGCCUGAUCUCUGGAUGCUCCAAAUGAGGGUGAGAAGAGCCCUGGGUCUGGACCCUGGCCCUAAGGUCCUGUCUUGGAUCUGCUGCAAAGUGAAACCCAAGCCUGCCCCGCUUCUCUUCCCUCUGCUCUGCCCCCUGCAGAGUGAAGGAUGGACACAGUAGCUGAGUCCCUCUGAGUCAGGGCUUUCUCCAGGCUUACAAGAGGAAAGCAGGGAGCUUCUCAUUGAUGAGCCCAUUAACGCGCGCAGCCUGGGGAGCGCUUCGUGCGCCCAGCCUAAGGACACAAGCCUUCUGCUUUCUGUGCUCCCUUCCUCCCUCGCCCUAGAAUUCCCAAAGGGUCUUCCAAUUUGACAGACACUCAUCCUGACUUGGGAAAUUAACCAGGAUGGUUAACUGCRUCACUGGAAAUGAGACUGAAUUCAAACUUUUUAAAAAAUAUAUGUUUUAGAUAAAUUCUUCUUUUUUAUUACACACACUUCAAGAUCGGGUACAGUCUGAGAGGCUCACCCAUGCAUGCUCCUAGACACACACGUGCAGCCUCAAUCCAACAUUCUCAGCAAUGGCAACUUCCGCCCACUGUUGGCUCUGAGUGACCCAGAGAGCCAGGGACCUAAAAGAGUGUUGCAACAAUGCAGUGCAUCUGAUGUGUUGAUUUCUUGAGCAGGAUUUCAGCACACUUUCCCCUCUGGACAUGGCUUCCCACUCUCUCGGCUCCCUCUUUCUCUUUCCUGGCUUUUCCUUCUCUCUUCCUGUUUCUUCCUGCACCCUGAAUUGGUUCCUAACUCAAAGAGCCCUGACUUAAAAGCCCAGGUGUGAUUCCUCUGGCCACGAGGGACUGGUUUGCCUCACCCGCCAGUCAGGACCUCCUCAGCUGAUUUCUGGAGCAGCUUCCUUGAUGCACCUUCCUGAGGUUCACGUCCCAAACCAGAAACUCACUGUGACUGAAAGUGUUUCUGAGCCCUGGCCACCCCAAUAUCCCCACCCUCCCCAAACCUCCUUUGAAGGAACAAACCCAACAGUCAGCUGACAGACACGUGCUCUCUUCUGACAGCAGCAUAUUGCCUGUGUGAAGUGUGUUUUCUAUAUUCUUCUAUUAUUUCACCUUAUAUUUUGUAUUGUUGACCUAUGUUUCUCCUGAGACGUCUUCUUGUAAAAUCACUUAUAAAACAAGGUUAAUCUUUACAUUGUUACUGUAUAUGCCAUUUGGUAAUAAAUAGUAAAUCAUUGGUGAUAUGAUUGACUGGAGUCCAGUCGAGAAUGUGUAUUGAUAAUCUUGUAAAAUAGCACCACAGACAUGAAGCUCAACUGUUCCACUUUUUAUAAGAACCAUGCAUGCUAGC